AUGACCUCUCUACCCCACCGUCGUCCCGAUCGCCAGGCCUCUCGACAAGCCUCCAGUGACCCACGAGAGGAGCUUCAAGUCCAAUUAGACCAUUACAUCGGUAUAGACGUGGGCACAGGCAGUGCCCGAGCCUGCGUCAUCGACGCAAAAGGCGACAUCGUCGGCCUAGCCUCCGAGAAUAUCGGUCUCUGGCAACCCGACCAUGGAUUCUACGAACAAUCAACAACAGACAUAUGGACCUGCAUCUGCACCGCCGUCCAACGCGCCCUAACCGAGCAAAACAUCAACCCCUCAACAGUCCGAGGAAUAGGCUUCGACGCAACAUGCUCAUUAUCCGUCUUCAACAACGAAACCUCCGAACCAAUCUCAGUAACAGGACCCAACUUCGACACAGACCGAAACGUAAUCUUAUGGCUAGACCACCGACCCGUCACGGAAGCCGCAAAAAUCAACGCCACAAAUCACAACCUACUCCGCUACGUCGGCGGAACAAUGUCCAUUGAAAUGGAAGUUCCGAAAGUCCUCUGGUUAAAGAAUCACAUGCCUGCGGAACUUUUUGAAAAAUGCAGUUUUUACGAUCUGGCCGAUGCACUUACGCAUAUCGCGACAGGGAAUGAGAAGCGUAGCUUUUGCAGUGCUGUUUGUAAACAGGGGUAUGUUCCUGUUGGUGUUGAUGGGAGUGUUAAGGGGUGGCAGGAGGAUUUUUUGAAAGAGAUUGGGUUAGAGGAUUUGGUUGAGGAUGAUUUUAAGAGGAUGGGUGGUGUUGAUGGGGUGAAUGGCGAUUAUCUCUCUGCCGGUGAACUUGUUGGUUAUCUUUGCGAAAAGGCUGCUACAGAGCUAGGUCUUCCUGCUGGCAUUGCUAUCGGCAGUGGAGUCAUCGACGCAUAUGCGGGUUGGAUAGGAACCGUGGGAGCGAAAAUCAAUCUCGACUCCGACCAAUUGAACGCCGAUGCCGCGAAGAAUGAUAAGGCACAGGCAUUUUCUCGUCUCGCGGCUGUGGCGGGUACAUCGACAUGUCAUUUGGCGAUGUCUGCUGAUCCGGUCUUUGUACCGGGUGUCUGGGGACCGUACAGAGACACCAUUAUUCCAAAUUACUGGAUGGCUGAGGGGGGACAAUCUGCCACGGGAGAAUUAUUGAAACAUGUUAUUGAAACACAUCCCGCGUUCAACCAGGCUCUCUCGAUCGCAGAGUCCUACCACACAAACAUAUACGAAUAUCUGAACGAACAUCUGAAGGAGAUGGUAAUUGAGCAGAAAGCGCCUUGCAUCGCAUACCUGGGCCGACAUCUCUUCUUCUACGGCGAUUUAUGGGGGAAUAGGUCUCCCAUUGCCGAUCCAGCCAUGACGGGUUCUGUCAUCGGGUUAACGAGUGAUAAGUCCGUUGACGGAUUGGCGAUAUAUUACUACGCAACGAUGGAAUUCAUCGCACUUCAAACGAAACAGAUUGUCGAAACGAUGAAUCAAGCUGGUCACGGCCUCACGUCAAUUUUCAUGUCUGGUUCGCAGUGUCAGAAUGAUAUCCUUGUUAAUCUGAUUGCAUCUGCGUGUGGAAUGCCGGUCGUUAUACCGCGGUAUAUUCACGCGGCUGUGUGUCAUGGUGCGGCUAUGCUGGGCGCGAAGGCAGCUAGUGCUGAUACUGAGGGUAAGACGGAGGAUUUGUGGGAUAUUAUGGAUCGAAUGAGUAAGCCUGGUAAGAAGGUUGUUCCUACAGAAGAUGGGAAGGAGUUGGCUCUUUUACGGGCGAAAUAUGAGGUUUUCUUGGAACAGUGCUUUAAGCAGCAGAAGUAUCGGAAAUCGGUUGAUGAUGCUGUGGGAGAAUGGGGGUCGGUCUGA